CGCAGCCUCCAGAGCACCGGCACCGGCACUGGCACUGGCACUGGCAGGCACUAUGGCAAAUGAAGUGCAAGUCCUGCCCUUCCCGCUGAAAGGGGGGCAUCCUCCUGCAGUAAAAGCUGGAGGAAUGAGAAUUUCCAAAAAACAAGAAAUCGGCAUCUUGGAGAAACAUACCAAAACAAGUGCCAUUGCAAAUGUUGCCAAAGUACAGGCGAUGGAUGCCCUGAAUGACACACUGGAGAAGCUCAGCCAUAAAUUUCCAGCAAUAGUGCACGUGGCACAUCAAAAACCCAGACCUGCUCUGGAGAAGGUCACCCCACUGAAAAGGAUCUACAUUAUUCAGCAGCCUCGAAAAUGUUAAGCUGGGAUAUAAAACACAGCCAUCUGGCCAACUGCCUCAAACAUCUGACAGAUUAGCAAAAAGGACCAGAAGUUUCGAUAGGCCUAGUGUACUUGCUUGGUAAAUAAAACACCUUUGUAUCUUUUCUUUUGACUUUAGAUAAUAAAGCAUUCAAAAUUGUAAA